AUGGAAUGCGGAAACAUGGGUCUGUUCGACCGCGGAGUCCAGAUGCUGCUGACCACGGUGGGAGCCUUCGCGGCCUUCAGCCUCAUGACCAUCGCGGUCGGCACGGACUACUGGCUGUACUCCCGCGGCGUCUGCAAGACCAAGUCCAUGAGCGAGAACGAGACCAGCAAGAAGAACGAGGAGGUGAUGACCCACUCGGGCCUGUGGAGGACGUGCUGCUUGGAAGGAAACUUCAAAGGGAUGUGUAAACAGAUAGACCACUUCCCUGAGGAAACAGAUUACGAAGCGGACCCGUCUGAGUACUUCUUACGUGCGGUGCGAGCCUCCAGCAUCUUCCCCAUCCUCAGCGUCAUCCUGCUCUUCAUGGGAGGCCUGUGUAUAGCUGCCAGUGAGUUCUACAAGUCACGCCACAACAUCAUCCUCAGCGCAGGGAUCUUCUUUGUGUCUGCAGGCCUGAGUAACAUCAUUGGGAUCAUUGUGUACAUAUCAGCCAACGCAGGGGACCCUUCAAAAAGCGACUCGAAGAAGAACAGCUACUCUUACGGCUGGUCCUUCUACUUUGGCGCCCUCUCCUUCAUCAUGGCUGAGAUGGUUGGCGUCUUGGCCGUGCACAUGUUCAUUGACCGCCAUCGACAGCUUCGAAUAGGGGCGCGCGCAGCCGACUACCUCCAAGGCUCGGCCAUAACGCGGAUCCCCAGCUACCGCUACCGCUACAGACGCCGCUCGCGCUCCUCCUCCCGCUCCACAGACCCAUCACACUCCCGCGACGCCUCACCGGUGGGCCUCAAGGGCUUCAGCGCGCUGCCAUCCACGGAGAUCUCCAUGUACACGCUGCCCCGGGACACCCUCAAGUCCUCCGGCACGCCCACCGCCACCUACAACUCUGAGAGGGACCACAACUUCCUGCAAGUCCACAACUGCAUCCAGAAAGACCUGAAAGACUCGAGCCACACCAACACAGCCAACCGCCGCACCACGCCGGUAUGA